CUUGUUCAAUAUGCUCAUCAUGGCGCUGCAGUAUGCCCAAGGAACCGCCAUUCAGGGCAAGCAAGUCUACCGCGGGGCCCACCCGCGGGGUUGCACAGCGGUUCGAAGUAAACGGCGAGCUAUCAUGGAAGACUAAGAUUCCGGAGAAACGCACGAUCUACAAAACCUUGGCGAAGUCCAAGUAUCGGCUGGACGAUGAGCACUUGAAAGGUCAUACACACAAUAUCAAACAGUAAGUUCGAUAUCAAGUCUUAUGUGCUGACUAUCAUACAGCUCACCCUUCUUCGCUCACACAGCGGCGACAACGACAUGGUGACCGUGUUGUACUUCGAACAUGUCGUGCAGCACGUUGCCUGGAAACUGUAUGGUGGUCCUACGGAAUACUGGAAGAUGUACGCUCCUCCUUCUCUCAACUGCUUCCACGUCCACUCAUUGUCGCUUGAUCUAUUUCCAGGCUCAAGGGGGAGCUCCAAGCUUAUGUCGAGAAACAGACCCUCCCCCCACUGAACCCCGGCCUCUGCCCGCACCCGUUCCGUCAACCUCUCUCAUCCCACAAGUGCUGGAGCGGGUCGACCCGGACGUCGGGAGCUCGAGAGCAUCCGCCGCAGCCAAGGAAUGCGUCCCGGUUUGGCUCUGGGCCGCGUGCACCAACGCGCUCGACACCUUCCACGGUUCCCCAACGCGCCCUGGCGCCAGCACGCGCGUCCGCGAGGAAGCCAUGCGCGUGCUCGCGCAACAGUUCUAUCAGGUAUAUCCCGCCCGCCCUAACCCGAACAUCCCCAUGCGCACGAUCGCCACGCACAACUUCUUCUAUGUCUUGGACGGUGCUCCCAGUGCUCCGGAUAGGAGUUCACAGACCUGGGGCACGGAUGUGCAGGGUCUGGAGUUUGUUCGAGUCGGCGAUGGCCCGGACGGCCUCUACGAGUGGAGUGAGACGUACCUGGAGAGGCUGUUCACGGAAGUGAACGGUCUCGUCACGCGGUUCGGACUCGGGGAUGCGGGCGGCGGGUGGCAGACCAUCCGCUGGUUGAUCUAUGACAGGUAUGCCAAGUGUCUCAACCGCGGCCCGCAGUACGACUCUACGACCAAGCGGUGGUCCGACGACGCCAAGUUCUGGCUCGACGAGCACCAGUACGAGGCCGGGUCGGAGGAGCUGCGCGUGAGCCUUCGCGAUCGGUGCGCGGCAGGCCGCCACUUCAACAGCCUCCUGCCUCUCCGCCGUCCAUCUGGCACCGUCGCAGCUUAGCUCCAGGUUCGGCGCGAGCAUGGGUCGUCACCAUCCAGGCUCGUGGCGACCAUCCGGAGCUAGAACGGCAUCUUGAUUCCACUGUUACUGUACCCCUACGAAUGUCCCAGUCGUGUACUUCGCGCAUAUCAUCCCCGAUCCGAGUCGCAUACAUAGUGUCUGUAAUACUUCUUACCUGGUGUGGAAGGUCGUACGCCGGGGCCGCUUUACCCUAAUCUACCAGACCCAUGUACCGUUCGGAAAUGUUAUAAUGUAAUGUAUGAUCAUCCUAAAC